AUGACUCGCGCACAUGCUAGACUCCUUGGUCCGUGUUUCAAGACGGGUCCUGAAAUUACCCAAAGCUAUAGCGUCGCAGAUCGGCGUUUCAAACGAGGUCUGUCCGAGAAAUCCGCACGACCAACAGUCGUCCGGGGACGGAACCGGGCGCUAGGUCCGAUCGCCGUCUUAGCAUCGAACGUGCUUGUCGUGGGUCGGACGCUAAUUGAAGAAGUAGCGGCCUCGCGCCAUCUGUAUACCGUCGAGCGAGUCGGCCGGAACAUCGCGGGUUCGAGCACGAAUCGCCGAAACGAUCGUACACGGACUCCACCGCGAGCCGUAGACCGACACCCAACGGAUCGCGACGUCCUACUAGGGGAAAAGUGCACGCGUUCGACGCCGGAUCGAAAAGCGAAAGGCGCGGACGACGCGCGAACGCCGUCCGUCGCGCGACCGCUCAUCGCCGACGGCCGAAACGCGAAUGAAUUUCCCCUUUCGACCUUUCGGGUUCUCAGGUUUACCCCUGAACGGUUUCACGUACUCUUGAACUCUCUCUUCAAAGUGCUUUUCAACUUUCCCUCACGGUACUUGUUCGCUAUCGGUCUCGUGGUCAUAUUUAGCUUAGAUGGAGUUUACCACCCACUUAGGGCUGCACUCUCAAGCAACCCGACUCUGAGGAGAGAUCCUCCCGCGAUCGGCAGCGGCCACUACGGGCCUGGCACCCUCUAUGGGCUGUGGCCCCGUUCAAGAAGGACUUGGACUCGCCGCGCGACCUCGGGAUAA